AUGCUUGGUUAUGGUCUUGUUCAAGUACCAUUAAAUAUUUAUAAUCAUGCUCGAACAUCGUAUAUGCUUUCUCAUACUCAAUUUAAAUUAUCUCAACUUUAUAAUGAAAAAAUUGAUGUUGAAGAACGCUUAGAAUCUCUUGUUGAGGAAGUAUCAAAAUUAUGUCUUGAAAUAAAAUAUAAUGAUCCAUUGCGACCAUGUCUAGAACAAAUUGUUAAAAUAAUCCCUGAACAAUAUUCUAAUCGAGUUAAAUUAACAAUGGAUGAUUAUGAAGAUUAUAGAAAUACAACAACAAAUAAUUUAACGAAUCUAACAACGGAAAAAACAUUAAUUAGAUUACAUAGACUCUUAAAAAAAAAUAAACAUAUUCAUCAUCGGGUACAAGCUUCAUGGAUACAUAUGAUUGACGAAGCUUUUUAUUUAGAAGAUAUUUUAAAUAAUGAAAACAAUGCCAAUUGUUCAUUUGUUAAACAAAGUCCACUGCCAAGAUCUUGGUUAAGACAAAAAUUAUUUGAUGAACAUCCAGUUUUAGAAUGGUAUACAUUUUGUCUUAUACGUCCUUGGGCUCUUCGUAUUCUUGGCAUAAGUUUAGGUUGUUUAUCAACAAUAGUUAUCUGGUCUGAAAUGACAUUUUUUAGUACGAAUCCCGUUUUGUCCAUAUUUGCUCAUAUCGCUUAUUUAUGUUUAUGUGCAUAUUAUACAAUAUUUCGUAUUCGUAUAUUUAAUUAUUUUUAUUUAUCACUUUAUCAUUUAACUGAUGAAAAUAGUUUAAUUUUUGCUGCAACAUUUUUGUGUCGUUUAACAGCUCCGCUUAGUUAUAAUUUUCUUGGUUUGAUACAUAUGGAUCAAACGAUGAUAAAAAAAACUGCUCGAACAGAAACUAUUUUUACAACGAUAAUGGGUGGUAUGAAUGUCAUUCCAAUAAUUUCCAAGGGCUUUAAUUUUUAUUUUCCAAUGUUAAUAUGUAUAUUAUGUGUUGGAACAUAUUUUCGACUUGGUUCUCGAUGUUUACAUAUAUUUGGUAUUCAACAAUUUUUUGAUGAUGAUGAUAUAUCAGCUGAAUAUGUUGAAGAUGGAAAAAGUUUAAUGAGAAAAGAACGAAGAAAUUAUGGUGGAAGCGAAACAUUAUCAACAAUGGCAAAUACAACAACACCUACUCAACGACGUGAUAGAAGAAGAGAAUUAGAAGAAAAAUAUGGACUCCGAUCAACAACGACAAAUAUGAGGACAUCAACAUCACGAGACGAUUAUUUUCAGGAUCUUAAAUCAGAAACUCGUCAAUUAAGACCACCAUCAAUGUCAGAAGAACCAUUGAUAAGUCUUAAUAAUAAUCAAACAGUCUCUUCGAAUGCGAUAAUACCAUCAGGUAAAGAAUUCUAA